CACACCCUUCCCGCUGAUGACCGUAAACAAGUUUCACCGGUUCACCCUCCAGCAAUGGAUUGACGAUUCAUGUAAAUAAAACAGAUCGACGCAGCUUAAAUUGCGCAAGGAUGGCGGACGAGGAGUCACUGAAGGACACGCUACCGGACGAGGAGAGGGAGUUUCAAAAGGCUAUAGCGAAAAUUGGAGGUAGCGAGAGGAUUUAUUUGGUGAGUGAUGUCUGCAGAAGUAAAGAUUUGGACGGAGAUGACGCCAAAAUAUUGCAGGAGUUCGUACGCGACAUGUUUCACGACGGCAGUCUGGUGGCAAACGGUCAUGGUGGCCCCCAGUCAAGUCCGACGAGCGAUCAUGGCGGUAAAGCAAGUACAAACCACGUUUCCAGCGAGGCGGAGACUGGAAAGGGCAAUGAAAAUUAUCUAACAGCGAGGCCCAAGGACUUGGAAUUGGGAGAGGACAGAGAGAAAAAGAGACGACCAGCGGGUAGUAGCAAUGCUCAGAGGACAGCAACGAGGAGGGCGAACAGUCACAGCCUGAAGCGAGCGAUAGACUCCCCUGUCAUCAUAUUCAUCUUCAGACAGACUUUCAUCGGCCGAGCUCCAAACGAGGUGUGCUUAAAAGAGAUCCUCAAGGAUGUAAAGGCACGCACGAAACGCGCUACAAUCGCCCGGCCAGCUCUGAUUGGAUUAAUCCACACAACCGACGAGAGCGCCGAGACGCGCCGGUGCGCCCAGCUUCUGGAGCGUCUGAUCCGCUCGGUGUUCCACAACCAUGCAUCAGAGGCGAUAUGGGUCGGCUGCUUCAUCCCGAAGACAGACACCCUAAUGCUCAGCAUCAAGAAAAACGUCUGCAGAGUUAUACAUUCAUCUCAAGCAGCAGAUAAUACUAGGGAUGAAGGGAACCCAGUUUUCUGGCCAUUGCAACGUUGGUUCAGCCACAGGAGAAGAGAAGACCGAGGUUCAAGCAGCGAGCAAAGAGGUGACGCUGAAAGUGCAGAAGAGGGCAUCCCUCUGAAAGCCUGUGCCUUGUCUACUGGACCAACUCUGAAUGGAGAUCCAUCUGGAGGAGACGGCUAAUGUAACCUGUGUGCUUUUUAGACUGAAAAGAGAAGCUGACCUCAGUGCUUUGCUACAGUGUUACAAUUUUUCUUUGUGAUGCUCAGGGACCCACUUCUUAUGAGCCAGCAUACUUCUUGUCACGUCAAAGCCACCUAAACACUGUCAGGUUUGAAACAUGCAUUAGUUUGUUAUGUGUUGAGAAAGCGUUAGACGGCUUACAGCAUAAGUACUCUUAUAAAAUGAUACAGGACUUGAUUCCUGGCUCACUGUUUGUCAGGGAACUUGUGUAUAUCAAAUACAGGGAAUUAAAGAACAAAAUCAACUGACAUGAUAAAAGCCUUAAAAUGUGAAAUCUCGCACAGUUUACCUGAAUCCAGGUCACGUUCUCGCCUAGAAGCACUGCACUAAUUUUCCGGAAAACCGUAUUAAUUGGAUAACAGGGACCCUGGGUGCUUUACUUAAGAUUUUAUUUUUCAUUUUCAUUAGGAUUUUGUGUCUUAGAGACAACUUUUAGGACCACCAAUAUUUGUAACGAGAUUUAUGUCACUUGUAUUUAUGUAGCCUACUGACUUAUUCAUCCCUUUAAAUAAACAUCAUUGGACUUGC